AUGAUUUUCUCACUAGAUGAAGAACUUCAUCGUGUGUCACUAGAUGAUAAAAAGAAUGACAUUAAAGUAGAUUAUUCCUCGGCAAUAUACAAUGAUAUCAAUCAUGAACAAGGCAGCUCCAUCACAUAUGAGGAGAGUAUAAAUCACCUCUCGGUUCAUUCAAAUGCGAUUCCGCUAAAUGGCAUGAGUCCUGCACAUAGGAUGAGAAGAAGGUCCUCAGCUUAUUCCAAAUUCCCUAUUCUCACUCCACCAAAUACGAGAAGAUUUUCUAUUACAGGUUCGGACGCAAUGCGAACUAAUACGAAUAGACUAUCCAUAACACCUCAGGACAUUAUUUCCUCUAAUAUUGGAGAAAAUGAAUUAUCAAGGAACCUGCACGAUUUUAAGCCCGUGAGAGUCCUAGGCCAAGGUGCCUACGGUAAAGUUCUUCUUGUUAAGGACGUCAAUACAUCCAAGCUGUAUGCUAUGAAGCAAUUACGGAAAGCAGAAAUUUUAAUUUCUCAAACAGCCACAGAUUCCAAGAGAGAAGACGAAGAUAAAAAUGAUGGUAAUAACAACGAUAAUGACGAUGGAUUAUCAAAGAGGCUUGAGAGAACAUUUGCCGAACGGUCUAUUCUAUCUGAAAUAGAACAUCCAAACAUUGUCAAGUUAUUUUAUUCUUUUCACGAUAACUCAAAGUUAUAUUUACUGCUACAAUAUAUCCCUGGCGGUGAACUAUUUUACCACUUGAAGGAACACGGGACCCUAGAUGAGACGACAGUUUCGUUUUACGCGGCAGAAAUCAGCUGUGCCUUGAGAUUUUUGCAUACGAAAGGUGUUGUCUAUAGAGAUUUAAAACCUGAAAACUGUUUAUUGAAUCAACGUGGACAUUUAGUAUUGACAGAUUUUGGUCUGAGUAAAAAAAGUGCUAAUGAUUCCGCGGUUGAUGAGGAGGAUCCAGAGAACGUCAAUGCCCUAUACUCGAUUAUCGGUACGCCUGAAUACUGUGCGCCUGAAAUAUUAUUAGGUAAAGCUUACAGUCAGAAUUGUGAUUGGUAUUCUUUGGGAUGUCUGUUGUAUGACAUGUUAGUAGGUAAGCCUCCAUAUACUGGUAGCAAUCAUAAGGUGAUCAUUAAUAAGAUUCAACAAAACAAGCAAGGCCCCAAAAUUCCAUUUUAUCUGAGCGAGGGAAUGAAAGAUAUAUUAAACGCGCUGUUGAAGAAGGAAACUGCCAAAAGGUGGAAUGUUGACAAAUACUGGGCCAAAACCGGGGCUAAUAAUAAGCCUACUAAGUCUAAGAAGAAGAAAUCAGGGGCUGCAAGAACUAGUCUUUUCACUGAACAUUUUAUCUUUAGAAAAAUAGACUGGAAGUUAUUAGAAUCUGGACAAUUGCAAAAAACCACUCUAGGCCCAAUUGUUCCAGUUAUUACGGAUUUGGAACUAGCGGAAAAUUUUGACACAGAAUUUACUUCUAUGUCAUAUGAGGAAACCUAUACGGAUAGCAAGCCGAUUAAUAUCAAUUCGGUGAGCAAGUCCCCGGAUAUGUUCAAGGGAUUUAGUUAUAAAGCAAGUGGUAGCUAUUUGGAGAAGUACUUUUGA